AUGGAAGAAGUCCUUGUUCAAACUGGAGCUGAAAAGGAUCACAUCCUUCCCGCAAUUAAUGAUGAUCACGGAGGAGUUAUAGUAGAAAUGGUAGAGCUUAUGGACCCCACUACCUUUUCUUCCAGGCUGAGAUCUUCUUUGUUUCACUGGAAACUCCAGGGCAAGAAGGGUGUCUGGAUCAAAUUGCCCAUUGGGCUUGCAAAUCUCAUUGAAACUGCAGUCAAGGAAGGAUUUUGGUAUCACCAUGCUGAGCCUGAUUACCUGAUGCUUGUGAAUUGGAUCCCUAAAACUGAUAGUACCAUCCCUGCAAACGCUUCACAUCGAGUGGGUAUAGGUGCUAUUAUUGUCAAUAACAAGAGAGAGUUGCUUGUUGUCCAGGAAAAGAAUGGCAGGCUGAAGGGAAGAGGCAUAUGGAAGAUUCCUACUGGAGUGGUUGAUCAGGGUGAGGAUAUUUUUGCUGGCGCAAUAAGAGAAGUUAAAGAAGAAACAGGAGUGGACACAGAAUUUGUGGAGUUACUAGCAUUUAGGCAAAUGCACAAUGCGCUCUUUGGGAAGUCAGACUUGCUGUUCUUGUGUAUGCUGCGACCUUUAUCCUUGGAAAUCCAGAAGCAAGACCUUGAAAUAGAGGCAGCCCAGUGGAUGCCUCUGGAAGAAUAUGCAGCUCUACCCUCCACUCAAAAACACAGUCUCUACAAGUAUAUCGGCGACUUGUGUUUGGCAAAGUUAGAUGGAAACUACACUGGAUUUACACCAAGGCCAAUUUCAUCCUACUUCAGCGAUUCGAUAAGCUACCUGUAUUUGAACAAGCAGGAUUUGAACCGCAGGAUCUUCAGCCUCAACUAA